UUUAGAUGACUACCGCAAAAAAUUCAAAAUUAGAAAGGUUAAUAAAUCCACGUACCCAAAAUACCCAUGAACGAUUUCAGGCAAAUCAAUACCGUUGCGAGAGUGUAUAUUUGCUGUCCAACUCUCAAAAUAGACGUAGUUCUCCAAAGGAACCCAGUAAGAAGCGCGGUCAAUGUAGUAACACAUGCUUGAUACGCGCCCCCAAUAGCGAUGGACCCACAUGGCGGCAGCUGCGCAAAGAUCAAUCGGACAAGGAUAAUAGCGAUCAUUACAUACUCAUUACCGAGGACUACACGCAGCCUGCCAUGCAACUUAACCCCUGCCUGGACGCUGUUUUCUGCGAUAUUCUGAGCUCAUCUCGGCAGCAACAGCUGCAAAUGUCGGGACUGGCGACGCCGAGUAUUCGCGGCACUCGGCUCAGCAUUUGUGUGGAGCACACACGGUUUCCGCUCGUUGGAAGAAUAAGUAAAAGUAUGGGUUUCCAGCAUGUCCCCGAGCACCGGCUAUGGAACGUGCAAUGGUGUGAUGCCUCGCCGCAUAUUGAUUUAUUCAAGGCGAUGAAACGCUUUCAGCAGAUAAACCAUUUUCCGGGCAUGUCCGAGAUCUGCCGAAAGGAUAUGUUGUCCCGCAACCUUAACCGUAUGCUGAAAAUGUAUCCGGGCGACUAUCGCAUCUUUCCAAAGACAUGGCUUCUCCCAACAGAUGUUUAUGACGUGGCUUUAUAUGCAAGCAAACAUCGGCGCACAUUCAUCCUGAAGCCGUAUUCAGCGGGACAGGGUCGAGGCAUUUGGCUUACUAAUGAUCUGAGUACGGUGGGCAAGCGUGAGAAGCUUAUUUGUCAGACCUAUAUAGAAAAGCCGCUCCUCAUCGAUGGCUACAAGUUCGAUCUGCGCGUCUACACACUGGUCACCUCGGUGGACCCACUGCGUAUCUUUGUCUACAACGAAGGGUUAGCGCGCUUUGCCACUAACAAGUACGUAGCUCCGACCCUAGGUAACAGCGACAACCUGUUCAUGCACCUUACGAACUAUUGCCUUAAUCGGCGCAACUCACAAUACGAGAUAGGUCGCGGUGAUGACUGCGGUAGUAAGCGCAAGCUUAGUGGCUUCAACAAGUGGCUUAGGGAGCACAACUACGAUGUAGAUGAAUUCUGGGCCAGCGUCGACGACGCCAUUAUCAAGACAGUUAUCAGCGCAUGGCCGGUUCUUAGGCACAAUUAUCAUGCGUGUUUUCCGCGUCACGACAAAAUUCAGGCGAGUUUCCAGCUGCUCGGUUUUGAUAUUUUGGUAGACUGGAAGCUGAAGCCUUACAUACUAGAAGUAAAUCAUGCGCCCAGUCUGGCUGCAGAUGAGACAGUUGAUCAUGAUGUAAAGCGUCCACUCAUACGUGACACGCUCAAUUUGCUGGCUACGGUGUUGGUAGACAAAGAACAGAUCAUACGGGAGGACCGUGCCGAGAUGCGAAAGCGUCUGAUGCGUCAGGUAUGCAAUCGCCGGAAUAGAAUCCCAACGUUACCAGCGACCAAGGAACAGAAUCAAAAGCACGAGGUGAAGCAAGCGUGCUCGAUGGGCUCGCUAGCCCAGCAGAUUGCCUGGGAGGAAAGCCACCUAGGGAACUAUAGACGCGUCAUGCCACCUUCGGACUCGGACAAGGCCAACUACUAUUGCAAAUUUUACGACCAGACCAAGCAGAUCGUUAUGUUCGCCGACACAGCAGCCAGUAGACAGCGAGAACAGCUCACACGCAUACAAAUAGAGAAACACAAGCUGCAGCAGCAGCAGGAACAGCGCCAACAAAACCCAAUUGCGCCGCAGCGCCGCGUCGCAGAGCAGCAUUCGCGCCCCAGCGCCAAACAGCAGACGGAGUUGCUGACCAAACGAGGCCUGGACUGGAUCGAGAAAAAAUUAGCGCGUAUGAAACCUAUGUUGGUGGGAGCGCGAACACUUUCCAAGGCUAAUGAGGAACUGCGUCAAAGUUUGCUGGAGCAGGAGGAACAGGCUCGAAAGAAGCGCAAACUUAUCUGCAAACAGGCGUUUAUAGCUAAGCAGAUCAUGGAGCAGAAGCAGCAGCUAUUGCUGCGGGACGGGUCCAAGGAGAGAUUGGGCAUCUGGCAGACUCUACAACGGCAGAGCGAUGUAGUCACCCCGCAGCGCAAGCCUACCAAAGGACGUAAAGGGCGACAUGGACGGCGUAAGUCUCGCCGACAACAUUUACUAGACCUCGAUGCCCAGGGCGACGUCUUAUUCAUGAAGACACACGCGAUAAAACCGCCAGCGACUCCUGUCUAUUCUAACGCAAAGAAUUCGGAUACAAAAUUGAUCAAGAGACUAAAUAAAAGUGAAAGAGAGGAAACCGCAUUAGUAGUCAGUAGGAAAACACGACGUGCGAAAAGCACAUGUAGCCGUCAGGACGUAGAAAAGCAGAGAACCAAAAAUGUCAUCAAGCGAAGUCGCAGCCAAACAAUGACCGCACCGAAAUAUGAAACAUUGAAAGGAAGCUCGAGCUUAUAUUCUAGCUCCACCACUCAAUCGAUCCACUCGAGGACCCCAAAACGCAGAAAAAGACUUAGGCGUACUCAGAGCAGUCAAGAGGCGAAUUGGCAGCCCGUGCCUAUAAUCGAGUCAGAUGAGAAGAAACAGCUUCAGUGGCGAAUGGAACGUAGCAUAGAAUUGGAAGGCUGGCAGAUCAGAAAGGUGCUUUUUAAUCAAAUGUAUCAGGCAGGGCAUUUGUCAAAGAACGACAUUAGAAAGUUUCCUAACUUGUUGUACAACAUACUAAAAAAAAAAGUUGCGACUAAUACUUGUAGAGCACCAAUAAAUCUGUCGCAAUAAUUGAUUUACUCACA